CUUCUUCCAACUACCUCAUGAUUAUUGUCACAUUCCUUUUUCUUCCCUCUUAUAAAUAUCACCCUUAUAACUAUUUUUCACCACAUUGAUCAUCACAUAAAAAUUAAAAGAUGGUUAGAACUAGAAUGCCAAAUUUUUGCCUAAAUAGAAUUAGGCCUCAUGUUCAUCAAAUUCGUUCACCACCUAUAAUACAAGCCACCAAAAACAAUAUUAUUAAUGAAGAAAAAAAUAAUCCUUCAUUAGCCAUGCCGGCGCCGAUGGGAGAAGUUUCUGGUGACGUGGCAAAACCGACACCGUUGAUUGGUCGAAAAAUCAUGAUUUUAGUUGAUUCAAGUGUUGAAGCUAAAAAUGCAUUGCAAUGGGCAUUAACUCAUACCGUUCAAAGCCAUGAUGUGCUUGUUCUUCUUUAUGUUACUAAACCUAAUUCUUCUAAACAAGAUGAGGAUCCUAAGAAGGAAAUUAAUCCAAGAAUUUUUGAAUUUCUUGCUUCUAUGAAGAAUACUUGCAAGCUGAAAAGACCUGAGGUCCAAGUGGAAGUAACAGUCGCACAAGGCAAAGAAAAAGGUCCAAUAAUAGUAAACGAGGCGAAGAAACAUGACGUGGCACUUCUAAUAUUAGGUCAGAAGAAAAGAUCGAUGACGUGGCGGCUGAUAAUGAUGUGGGCCAGCAAUCGGGUGGUUGGCGGUGGUGGCAGUGGCGGUAACGGUGGUGGAGGGGUGGUGGAAUAUUGUAUUCAGAAUGCUAGUUGUAUGGCAAUUGCAGUAAGGAGAAAAAGCAAGAAACUUGGUGGAUACUUAAUUACUACCAAAAGACAAAAGGAUUUUUGGCUUUUGGCUUAAUUAAUUUGGUUAUAAAUAUUUGAUUAAAUUGAAGAUUUAUCUUAGUUCAUUAUGUGUUUUCUCUUGUAAAUUACUAGUAAUUAUAGUAAGUUAUAUGGAUUGGAAAGUUAAAUGGAAAAGUUAGUGAGUCAAAAGAUAAUUGAGCAAUG